AUGUCAACAACGCGGCCCCUUCUCGGUAGGAACCGAGUCACGGAGCUCGCGUGCGUCGAGCAGCCGACCAGCAGGCUCCACGCCUCGGCUGCGAGGCAGCAGCAGCAACAAGACGUUCCAAAGGUGGAUGAGUUUACUGUCCUGGAGAAUAAGGAAGACGAGCUGAAAUGUGCCCAGUCUCGAGUGGAAUACGUUUUCAAAGUGACGUUCACUAUUAUCGGGUUGUUGGACCACACUGGACAAGACCACGGUAGCACGGCUGCGCGUCAAAUUUGGCUACAGCUCAGAGGAAACACUGACGACGUUUCGAAAGCAAAGGAGUAUGUGAGGGGGCUGUGUGACCCAGAGCUGCAGGAAGAAGAACGCUAUCCAGUGGACAUGCACUGUAUCUUUGCCGGAGCUCGGGGCCUGUUCCUGGAAAGACUCAUACGGGACACGAGUGCUGAGGUUUUGGUUACUGAGCCAGGACGCCUGCACUUGCUGGGCCGUGCUGAGCCUGUGGUGAUGGCGCAGAGCAGAGUUCAACAGUUUGUGGCACUUUUCCAGGAAAAGCGAAGUCUACUGAGUGACAGAGAGCAGGCAGUGAAACGAGCGUUUAAGUCCUUUGUGGAGGAACGGGACGAUAACUACACCAUGGAGCUUCUUCUACUGCCUAGUGCGCUCAAAGAAGAAUUACUCAGACUGGCACACAGUCCAACCAGCUCACAUGCAACCUCACUGGCUCUCCUGAACCAGAACCUUCAUCCAAGCAUGGUGGAGUUGGAUCAAGAUCGCUCACAGAGUAGCACCCCCGUGACGGAGCUGUCAAAUCGCAUUCUCGAUACUAGCUUUGAAGACAGAGGCACACGGACGAUGCUGUUUGGCGACAGUGCUGGAAAAGCAGGAGGAGGCAUCUGUUUGGGUCCUGAGGCCAUCCUGAUGAAUGGCACCAGGCCUUCACACAAGCGACGCUCUUCAGAGAGUGAAACUCGGGACACUAAGAGGCAGUAUUCUCUGGAGCGGAGGGACGAGUCUCCGGAGAGGUCGAGGGACAGGGAGAGACACCGGGACCGUGAAGGCCACGGGGCCAGUGGUGGUUAUCGAUCCAAAAAAGCGUCUGCUUCAUGCACAAUCUCCUCCUCCUCCUCCUCCUCAGCUAAAGCAAACACAGUUGCUGGUCCAAUCAUGCUGAACCCUUGUGAGGGUAUCACUGAAGAGAGUGAGGCAGUCAGCCCAGAAACCAAUUUUCGUUGUUUGGUCAAUUUCUUCAGAACCAUGGGUUACCAGCAGGAUGUGGUGGAGCGUGUCAUCAAGGAUACCGGACAAACGGAAGACACCUUCCUCAUUCUUGAGAAAAUUGUGUCAGAAACGAAGAAUUGUGAAGAGGAAACAAAAAGAGGAGUCAAAGAAACCAAACUGAACAAUAAGCGCUCUUCAGACCUUCCCUCGUCCUCCUCGACGAUGACAUCUCUAGCCGUCGAGAGGGAGAGCGAGCGGGAGUCUGGGAGGUCCAAAGAAAAUAUUAGGCCCAGCCAUCAUGGAGCCAGUAGUAAUGGACUUGGGCACCGGAGGCAGUGCAGUGGAAGUGAAGCCAGCACUCAACAGGCCAUUACUAUCAAGAGGAGCUCCAGUGCCCAAGGAAGUGCAGGAAACUAUGAGGUCAUUACCAUUUCCGAUGACGAUGACGUCGUCGCGACAAACAGCAAAACAGCAGACACUCGGACAUCAAGGGUUACGAUGGUGCACGCAGACACCCAGACCGGAUCCAGAAUGGACUACUUGGCACGGGGAGGUGGGAACGUUUCACACAGGGACCACCUAUCGAGAGACGGGACUCGGACUUUAGGUGGAUCAGUAAAAGUUGAAAAUGUGACUGCACUGCGCAGUGCACCCCAGUGGCUGACAGCCAGCACCACUUCUGUGGCUUCCACUGCCAAUUCGGCUCCUACCUACUCUGCCUACCAGACCCUCGGUCACAUGGGCUGUCACGGCGGCGGAGCCAGGAAUCCCCCCACAAGCAACCCACCGGCGCCCCCUGUGACUGGGCUGGCCCGUUUUCACCAAUCAUUGAAGACUCCGUAUAAACUGAAGCUACAGAAUGAACCAGGGCUACCAGAACUGCGCCACAUCAUCAUCGAUGGCAGCAAUGUGGCUAUGGCUCACGGCCUAAAUCGGUUCUUCUCCUGUCGAGGGAUAGCACUUGCCGUGGAGACAUUUUGGAGACGGGGCCACAGAGAGAUCACUGUAUUUGUUCCUCAGUGGCGCCAGAAGAGAGAUUCAUUGACAACAGAACAACAUUUUUUAAAUCAACUGGAAGACCUGCGGCUGCUUUCUUUUACCCCCUCCAGAGAGGUCUGUGGCCAAAGGAUAGCCUCACAUGACGACAGAUUCCUACUCCACUUAGCUGAAAAAACAGACGGCGUGAUUGUAACCAAUGACAACCUGCGAGACUUUGUCAACUCUUCGGACACUUGGCGCCGGAUCAUUCAAGAGAGGUUACUGCAAUUUACCUUUGUGGAGGACCAUUUCAUGAUCCCUGAUGACCCUUUGGGUAAAAACGGACCUCAUCUGGAUGUUUUCCUUUACAAAAACAACAGGUACUUUCCGUUCACCCCUCCCCCUCUUAGACCCCCGGACCUGCGUCCAUCCACCAACCAGCAGCAUCCGGUCUACGUGCAGGCCCUUCACUCGGCACCAUGGACCCCCGCCGUCUCUCCCCAGCCCCCCUCUUCCCAUCCGCCUCACCCCAGUGCGCAGUGGCCCCAUCCAGGCCGUCGCCGCACCGCCUCCCCCUCGUCGUCACCCCCUCCUCAGCGGUCGCCGGGGGAGACGUCCGAGCUGAGGGGGAAGCUAUGUGCGAUUUUCCCGGACCAAAAGCAACAGAUUGACCGCAUCCUCAGUGACAACCCGUACAUGAGAGACUUAAACGCCCUGUCGGGGCUGCUGCUGGGGUAAUGCACUGGCCCAACAACCAGACGUCCGUCAUACAUGCGUAGUAGGGGACCCAUAACAACUAUUUAUUUGAUAUUUUCUCUUUCAUCUUGGGCAGUCUUGAGUUGGUUUUGUCAUUUGCUUCAUUUUUAUUGACCCUAAGGGUAUUUAUUCAUCUGAUUUGAACAUUUGUUUUCUUUUUUGUUUUCAGCUGGAAACAUGUAGGCCAAAACUAACAACAACAAAAAGCUUUCUUUCUUUCUAUCUCUCAGCCUCUCUUUUUAAAUUCUUUAAAUAUGGGACCAGCAUGGAUCGAGAUUAGAGGACUGGUCCCAGAACUGACGGGCUUCCUACCACAAAUGCAUCAGUACUACCUAAUGACUGCCAUUACACAAAUAAACCAGCACAUUUUAUUUCGUGGUUUCCCUGCAAAAUGACAUUAACUACGAUUUAUAAUUUAAAAGGCAGGCAGUUGUGAGCACAACAUACAUACAUUUGUAUCUAUGCAUAAAUAGUGGGCCCCUUUGCGCCCCUUCAAAAUGUAUAUUUGAACAUAAUGCCUCAUACAUUAAUUACAACAACACCUUCAAAUGAAUGGAAAUGAACCAUUUGGUUUUCCAUUUGCUCUUAAGGUUUGGUUCGCAGCCCUUAAUAUUUGGAAGGUCAACUUUCUCCCUUUUUAAUCUCAAAGCCUCAUAACUUGCUAACAUUGUUAACUUCAGUUUUAAAAUUCCAAGCGCUGAAUCUUAAAUUGUUGUUCCAAAUACCUUGAUUGAGCGGAGUGCAUUUUUGAGGGGAGGAAUAUGUUCCUGAGAUUAACUGUUGGUUGUUUUGGAGCCCCGUUACUGCUGUAGCCACUCCAUCUUGUUUUAAAACACUACAAGGCUCAGUUAUGUAGUUUGCAUUUAUUGGAUUAAGUUAAAUUGCAGCCACAAAACAGAAGUACGUUCACUUUUUGACUCUACCUUUGUAGCAAAGAUGUACAUAGGUUUGAUUCACUCCUCGUGCUUCUGCACCCUCCAAGCAGAAUGUGGACAAGAAGCUUCCCCUGCAUGCAUGUUAUGUUCAUCAUUUGUGUAGUAUGCCAACCCAAGUCUGUAUAAAAGCAGGUUUUGUUCAUCACCCUCAGCAUUGCCGAAUGAGUUUCUUUUGUAUUGUAUUUUUCUUGUGGACUUCAUUGGUCUGGUUUUUUUUGUAAAUCUGAAUAUUUUUGGACAUGUGCUUUUUAUGUAUGUGAAGAAUCCAAAUAAAUGCCACAGUCCACAGAAAGCUUCUGCACUACCCUGCAGUUAUCCUUAUCUGAAGGGUUCCGUGAUGAACAAAGUACCCUUUCAACUUUUUGAGGUGGUAGUUUGAAUUUCUUGAGCGUUAUUGCGUGCAAACGGGAGAAUGUAAAUAAUACUUUUCUUGAGGGAUCAAUAAAGAGUAUUACCACCAGA